AUGCACUCGUCAUCUGUGAAAGUCAAAUCUGAUCUUGAGUUGUUUGUGACAGAGUUUGACAUCUCAGAAGAGGAUGAGCUUCAGUUAGAAAUUACUCUUUCCACAAGUGUUUUUAAAGAGCUGCUUCCUAUGAUAAGAAAUUAUGUAAACGGUGAACUGGAGGAUGAUAAAAUUGGUCAAAUCAUAAAGUCAGAUGAAAGAAUCAGAAAGCAACUAAUCGAAAACACACAACAAGGGUUAACUGCUCAAAUACAAUUGGAACUGCGGCGCUCCGUUUUAGAAGAGAAGAUACUCAUCAAAUUACAAGAAUUGAGUGAGAGGGUGGUCACAUUUUUGACAGACAUGAUGGUUUGUGACAAACAUCUUGAACUUGUUUGGUGUGAUAGAAAUGACGAAUAUAAUCCAAGGGAGCAUACUUCUAUCAACUUAAUAGACAAGGUGAUCGUAGAUAAAGCUUUGUAUCCUUGUUUAAUGAUGCCUUCAUCAAGAAGUGUUUUUGAAAAAGCUAAAGUGAUCACCAAAGAGAACAGAGAAAAGAAAAAUAAACAUAUAUGUCAAAGAAGAUUAUUAAAAAAAAUGUCCUUUUUAGAUUUGAGUGGAUCCCCGUACGCAAAAAAGAUUGACAACGAAGGACUGAAAUGUUUAGCUUCUAGUGAAAAUGUAAAGAAUUUGACAUACUUGGGGUUGGGUGGAUGUAGAAUCAAUGGAGAAGGAGUGAAAUAUAUUGUAAACAGUGAAUGGUUGAAAAUUUUGGCCUCUUUGAAACUGGAAGACAAUCGAAUUGGCAAUACUGGAGUGAAAUAUCUUGCCACUAGUAUUAAUAUGAAGAAUUUGACUUCUUUGGAGCUGAAGAAUACAGAUAUUGAUGGCGAAGGUGUAAAGUAUAUUGUCAAUGGAGAACACUGGAAAGUAACUGAUUUGGAUGUAAGGCGCAACAAAAUUGGCAUCGUAGGAGUCAAAUAUAUGUUCGACCACUUGUAUUGGGCCAAUUUGACUAGUUUGAAUCUGUGUGGUAAUGAUGUUGGUGAUGAAGGGGUGAAAUAUAUUGUCAAUAGCGAAUGUACUAAGAUGGUGACUUCUUUGAAACUGUUUGACAAUAAUAUUGGUGAUGAAGGAAUGAAGUACAUUGCCAACAGUGAACAUAUGAAGAGAUUGACUUAUUUGAAUGUCAAGCACACUGUUUCAAAACCAAAAGUAGCUUGUUCCAAGUUCAUUCCAUGA